AUGGAGCGUCUGAAGUUAGUCCUGCAGUACUUCCAGUCCAACUCUGAGUCCAUCUCCAACGGGAUCUGUAUCAUCCUGGCUUUGGUCAGCGUCAAGCUCUACACCAGCUUCGACUUUAACUGCCCCUGUCUCCCUCAGUACAACAAGCUGUACUCCCUGGGGGUGAUGAUCGUCCCGCCCAUCAUCCUGUUCUUCCUGGGGGUCCUGGUCAACAGACAUACAGGCGUCAUGAUGGACGAGUGGAUGAGACCCACUGGGAACAGAUCCAAGAACCCUGCUGUGGUGAAGUACCUGUUCUCCGCCAUGCUCCAGAGGGCCCUGCUGGCCCCAAUGGUGUGGAUCCUGGUCACGUUGCUGGAUGGAAAGAUCUUCAUCUGUGCCUUCAGUGUGAGUGUAGACCCUGCACUCUUCUCAGGUUUGCCCAACAGCACGGGUCUGGAGGUGAUCAAGAUCAUGGCUAAAGUUCCCUGUAAGGAGGACGUCAUCUUCAGGAACAGCUCGUUCCGCAAAGCAGUGUCUCGUUAUAUCCGCUGCUAUUCACAAGCAGUGGGCUGGUCCAUCCUCCUCUUCCUCAUUGUACUGGGAGCGAUGGGACGCCUCAUCAAGCCCUAUUUCGACGACCACGCCACCGGCCUGCAGACACGCUACUGGAGCAACUAUCUGGACGUGGAGCAGAAGCUCUUCGACGAAACGUGCGUUCUACAUGCUCGCGACUUUGCCCGGAAGUGUGUGGUGCAGUUCUUUGAGGACAUGAGGGAGGAUGCCAUACUCCGUCUUCCACACCCGCCCUUCAUCAGCAACUUCCAGGAUGAGUGGGAGGAUGAAGAAGAGGAGAGACUCCAUGGGGUAACAAAGCAGGAGCAGGUGGACCAGCUGCUCAACAAGUGGUACUACAGUAAACCUGAACUCGAUGUGACGAGGAUCGCCCACAGACCCAGGACCUGCGUUACCUGGAAGGACCGUGACGGGAAGACUUUAUACUCUGAUGUCUAG